UUUUUAUGUCAUUAUAGUAGCCUGAUGAGUGUCAGGCCGAUGAUACUAGCAAUGUCGGCAAUGCAGUAAUUUUUGACCGCGAGUCGUGACAACGGUGAAUACCAGUGCUAACCGGGAAUAAUAAGCCUAGCUAGCCUAGCCUAGCCGCUAGCUACAUAUCUGUGUAUCUAGCAGAUUAGUUUAUUUUACAUAUAACUCUUAUUGAUCGGGCGUUUUGGACGUUCUCCUUUACCACGAAUUGGCACACAUCAUGGGCUGUUAUGAAUAAAAGGUUGCCAUCAUGAUUGGAGGACUAUUCAUCUACAACCACAAGGGGGAGGUGUUGAUCUCUCGCGUCUACCGGGAUGACAUAGGACGCAAUGCGGUGGACGCGUUCCGUGUGAACGUGAUCCACGCACGCCAGCAGGUGCGCUCCCCGGUCAACAACAUAGCCCGCACCUCCUUCUUCCAUGUCAAGCGCUCCAACAUCUGGCUUGCGGCCGUCACCAAGCAGAACGUCAAUGCUGCCAUGGUGUUUGAGUUCCUCUACAAGAUGUGUGACGUCAUGGCCGCCUACUUUGGCAAGAUCAGCGAGGAGAACAUCAAGAACAAUUUUGUGCUGAUCUAUGAGCUGCUGGACGAGAUCCUGGACUUUGGAUACCCCCAGAACUCGGAGACUGGCGCCCUGAAGACCUUCAUCACCCAGCAGGGGAUCAAGAGCCAGCACCAUACCAAGGAGGAGCAGUCCCAGAUCACCAGUCAGGUGACGGGACAAAUUGGUUGGCGUCGGGAGGGCAUCAAGUACCGCCGCAAUGAGCUCUUCCUCGACGUGCUGGAGAGCGUCAAUCUGCUGAUGUCUCCUCAAGGCCAGGUGCUGAGUGCCCAUGUCUCUGGGAGAGUGGUGAUGAAGAGCUACCUGAGCGGGAUGCCCGAGUGCAAGUUCGGCAUGAACGACAAGAUCGUCAUUGACAAGCAGGGCAAGGGCGGGGCCACCGACGAGGCAGCCAAGAGUGGGAAGCAAUCCAUAGCCAUUGAUGACUGCACAUUCCACCAGUGUGUGCGCCUCAGCAAGUUUGACUCGGAGCGCAGUAUCAGCUUCAUCCCGCCGGACGGAGACUACGAGCUCAUGAGGUACCGCACCACCAAGGACAUCAUCUUGCCCUUCCGUGUUAUUCCUCUGGUGAGGGAGGUUGGCCGCACCAAGCUGGAGGUCAAGGUGGUCAUCAAGUCCAACUUCAAGCCCUCUCUCCUGGCACAGAAGAUCGAGGUCCGCAUUCCCACCCCUCUCAACACCAGCGGGGUCCAGGUGAUCUGCAUGAAGGGCAAGGCUAAGUACAAAGCUAGCGAAAACGCCAUCGUCUGGAAGAUCAAGCGCAUGGCAGGGAUGAAGGAGUCUCAGAUCAGCGCUGAGAUCGAGCUGCUGCCCACCAACGACAAGAAGAAGUGGGCACGCCCCCCCAUCUCCAUGAACUUUGAGGUCCCCUUCGCUCCCUCCGGCCUGAAGGUUCGCUACCUGAAGGUGUUCGAGCCCAAGCUGAACUACAGCGACCAUGAUGUCAUCAAAUGGGUGCGUUACAUCGGGCGCAGCGGGAUAUAUGAGACCCGCUGCUAACGGCCCUCACUCUCCAGGGAGCAGCAGGAAGACUGGAACAAGGGAGGAGUCGCGUUGUGAGACCGUUUGAAACUCCUAUCUUUUAUGUGUGCUGGCUUAAAGCUUGGAUAAAACGGGAGGGGGUGCAUUUUAGAGGAAUAAGUGAACAUGCUGAUGUAGAUGUGGACAGGAACAUCGUUUUCCUCGAGAUGUGGUUUACAUUUCGGCUGUUGCUCGACCAUCCUAUGUAUUCCCCAUGACUGUGUCCUCUGUCAUACAUGUGAUCAGCUGAACUAGGACCCCUCGAUGCUGGUGUAGGACUAGACGUUCUUUGUUUCCUGUAGCAUUUAGCUAGCACCAUCCUAAUGCCAGUCCCACGCCUAGCCCCCUCAUCUCCACUGGUGUAAUCACUAUUUAGUCUAGAGAGUACUGUUUAAGAAGGAGGCAUUGCAGGUGUAACACUAUUUCCCAUUCAUUUUAUACAGUUUUUUUUAACAUCCCUACUCACCUUGGUGUAUUAGUUAUGGAAUUGUCAGUUUUUGUAGGUAGUGCUUUGUCCAUCCAUACGUUUUGCCACCUAUUCUAUUAUUGCACUCAGUCAUCCUUUUCCCCUCGUCCAGUAGAUGUUCAUUUCAUUAUUGUAUUUUCUCUACCCAUGCAGAUUAUAAUGAAAUGUUUUUGCUGUGGUAUCUGUUGGUUUGUUUUGUGUCAGUGCUGCAGAUAAUUUUCUGUGUGACCAAAAUUGCAAGUAUGAGAAACAGGAAAAAAACUAAACACAAAAAAAUAUAUAAAAAAAACAAAACAGGAAUCUGUCUCAAUAUAUAAACACGUUUCUACGUUAUUUGAGCUUGGUGGAGCUAGUCCCAUGUUUCUUGCUGUCGGUGUCUGUAGAAGUCUGUUGAACUGACCUGUGUGUGUGCGCGUGUGUUGCUGUUCAGCCAGUUUGUAAAACAUCUCUCAGGAGUCUGGAAUGUGUAUUUUCUCAUGCCCCUUACUUGGGCAAACGAGCAACUCCAUACACUAUGCUCUGAUACCCCAAGCCUAGCUUACUAACCUAUCUUUAGAUCCGUUUACUGAAGUAUUUAUGGCACAAGUGUUGGGAGUGUUACUUAGGACGAGGAGUGUACAAAAUGUCAAUUGAAAUCGGUUUUGUACCAGACUUUUCUUGUCUGCAGUUGAAACAAACAUUCCACCCAUGUCUUCAUAAUUAAUGCAUUCCUCUUGACGUCUUUAGCUGUCAAAUCAUGACUUUUGUGCAUCAGAUCAUAUGGGCAUUGAGAUUAUCAUUCAUGUAGUUGUCCAUACCUGUUAUUAUUUGAUAUCCCUGCAUUGUAAUAUAAUAUUCAAUACUAAUAACCUGUCAACUGGAAUGAGGUUUCCAAAACCAGUAUCUCACCAGAAAAGGCCCCACUAUUCCUGCCAAACCCUGGGAGAUGGACAGGUCGGAGGUUCUUAGGGUAGUCCCUCCUCAGCUACAGUACAAUGUGUUUGAUCCCCAUUUAACUUUGUGACUGUAAAUGUAAUCCUAAUAAAAAGGUGUAAGCAAU